CGCCCGCCGGAAGAACUGCGCAGCCCAGCAGCUGCUGCUGGCGCCAGACGCCGCGCCGGCAGCCAGGAGAGCGGGGGCUGUGAGAUGCAGCCCCAAGACAACGCCGGGGCCGCCGAUCCGCGGGGUCCCGGGUUGCUGAUGACUGACGAUGCAUCCCCGGGGACGAGCGAGGAGCCGGCGGCCGCCGAGGCGGCGGGGGCGCCCGUCCGCGGCAAGUGCUGGCUGUGCGGCUCCUCACCGUGCGGCUCGAGCGCCGAGCCGGAAGCCAAGAAGAAAGCACCCUGUCCUGGACUUGGCUUGUUUUACACAUUAUUGUCUGCCUUCCUUUUCUCAUUGAGCUCUUUAUUUGUUAAAAAAGUGCAAGACGUCCAUGCUGUAGAGAUUAGUGCGUUUCGAUGUGUGUUCCAAAUGCUAGUUAUUAUUCCUUGCUUAAUUUACAGAAAAACUGGGUUUAUUGGCCCAAAAGAUCGACGAAUUUUCCUCGUUCUCAGAGGAGUCCUUGGUUCUACCGCCAUGAUCCUUAUAUACUAUGCUUUCCAGACAAUGUCCCUCGCUGAUGCCACAGUUAUCACAUUUAGCAGUCCAGUGUUUACAUCUAUAUUUGCUUGGAUAUUUCUCAAGGAAAAAUAUAGCCCUUGGGAUGCCCUUUUCACCCUGUUCUCAGUCGCUGGAGUGAUCCUUAUCGUGAGACCACCAUUUUUGUUUGGCUCCAGCUCUUCAGGGAUGGAAGAAAGCUAUUCAGUUCACGUUAAGGGAACGUUCGCAGCAAUUGGACAUGCUGUACUUGCUGGAAUGACGCUAGUUAUCCUAAGGAAAAUGGGAAAAUCUGUGGACUACUUUUUGAACAUUUGGUAUUACGUAAUAUUUGGCUUCUUUGAAACCAUCAUUGUUCUCUUUAUAUUAGGAGAAUGGAGUUUGCCUUACUGUGGGUUGGACAGGCUGUAUCUCAUACUAAUUGGCCUCUUUGGUUUAGGGGCUCAGGUUUUUCUUACAAAAGGACUUCAAAUAGAAAAAGCAGGGCUAGUAGCAAUAACGAAGACAAUGGAUGUAGUCUUUGCUUUUAUCUUCCAGAUUAUUUUCUUUAAUGAUGUGCCAACAUGGUGGACAGUGGGCGGUGCUGUCUGCCUAGUAGCAGGUAGUACCGGAGCAGCCCUUCAUAAAUGGUACCAGAGUUCCAAAUGAACAUCAUUGCUGGAAUAACAUUUUUUUCAUGUAUAUCAUCACCUAAUUCAGACACACCUGGGAUAUUGUCAUAUACUUUGAUUAUAUUUAAUAAAUUUCAUAAAUAAUGUACCAUUUUUUAAUAUGGUAUGUCUUUAGCUAAGAAUAGCUAGUCUAUUUGGUCUAGUAAAUUUGGGGAUGGUAGCUUUUUUUUUUUUGUAGAGACAGAGUCUCACUUUACUGCCCUUGGUAGAGUGCCAUGGCGUCACAUGGCUCACAGCAACCUCCAGCUCUUGGGCUUAGGCGAUUCUCUUGCCUCAGCCUCCCGAGCAGCUGGGACUACAGGCGCCUACCACAACGCCCGGCUAUUUAUUUGUUGCAGUUUGGCCGGGGCUGGGUUUGAACCCGCCACCCUCGGCAUAUGGGGCUGGUGCCCUACUCACCAAGCCACAGGUGCUGCCCAGCUUUUAUUUUUUUUUUUGGAGACAGAGUCUCAAGCUGUUGCCCUGGGUAGAGUGCCGUGGAGUCACAGCUCACAGCAACCUCAGACUCUUGGGCUUAAGUGAUUCUCUUGCCUCAGCCUCCCCAAGUAGCUGGGACUACAGGUGCCCACCACAACAGGGGCCCCCGGCUAUUUUUUGUUGCAGUUGUCAUUGUUGCUUAGCUGGACCAGGCUGGGUUUGAACCCACCAGCCUUGUUGUAUGUGGCUGGCCUUGUAACCACUGUGCUACGGGUGCCGAGCCAGGGAGGGGUAGCUUUUGUUUUUAUUUUUUGUUGGGGUGGCAUUGGUGAGAGAAGAGCUCAAUGUUUGAGAACAAACCAAAAAUUUUAAUGACUCUAGUAAUUUUUUAAAAUCUAUUUUUGGUACUAAUAGAUUACGGUGGGGAGGAAAUUAUUGAUACUCUUAGCAUCAUAAAGUCUUAGAAUCUUACUGAUGAUGCUGCUAUAAUAGGUAUUGUGUUGAUAAUUCAUUUGCAACAUAAUUCCAUUUAGGAGGCCAAAGCUGAAACUUGUGAUAGGUGCCUAUAAUAAUAUAAAAGAAUUGGCCUUAUUUUCAAGGAUUUUAUAAAUGAUUAUAAUAUUUGUAGUUCAUUUGUGCCUUUUCAUUUUAAUGCUGGAAUUUUUAUUAUAAAACCUCUUUUAAAAGUCUUUAAAACUGCCAAAUUUGGCUAGUAAUUUUCUGGUUUAGUGGUAUUAGCAACUGUAGUAAUUACCAUUCUGUGAUUUUAAUUGUCCUGUUUUUUUGAAACUGCACUAAAUUUUUCUUAACAUUCCAAGAUUUCAGAUCUUUUAAAUCACAAGGAGAAAUCUUGGCAUGACCAUAGUGCACAUUUCUAUCCUGAAGGAUUUUAUCUUCACUAGAAAUGUGAUUUUCUAUAAAUUCUCUUUGAAUUUAUAGUGUGUUGCCAAAUAAAAUUUUCUCAGGAUCUUAUUAGGUUGAACCAUAUGAAAUACCCAAGAUUUUACCAUUUUAACUUAACAAAAACCAUCGUUUCAUAUGGUUCACCCUAAUAGAUGCCUCCCUUUCCCUCUAAAUCAGAUACUUAGAGGACUGUGGACUGUAUGUUUUUCAAAUAAUGUUUAAAGAACAAAAAUGCUAUUUUAAGAUUAUUUUUAUAGUUAUGGAAUUACAUGUAAUAAUGCUUCAUGUUAUACAUUAAAUGGAAAGAUAUCUGAAUCCAUGUUUGAAUGUCAUAGUUUCUUAUAUAAAAAAAAUCACUAUUCUAGUAUAUCAGCAUGAUGUUAAAUGUCAGUGCUGCAUCAUGAUACUAAC